UCUGUUUCAGAGCUGUUCUUGUACAGCAAGCGAUUGCAUGGUCUGCAUCCAUCAGCCCUCCUUGGGAGAAGGUGGGAGACCUGGGUGUCCGUAGCUGGACCAGAACAGGAAGGACUGGGAAAUCAUGACCCAAGAGCAAGUGUGGCAGGUCCUAGAUCCAUUGUGGAGAGACCCUCGCGCCCUCUCGGUUCUGCUCUGCAGUUCAGCUGCAGCUGUGGGGCUACUGAAAUGGCUGGGACGUAGGGAGAUCCAGCAGAAGAUGGAGGAGACGAGGAGGGCACGGGAUCUGGCCCUGGAGCGAAUGGAGAAGGCAGCUUCCAGGUUUAAGCAAGAGAACCCAGGCACCCAGACAGCACAUGUCCUUUCACUGACAAUGGUGGAGCUGGUGGAGAAGCUGAAGGAUGGGUCCCUGUCCCCAGAAAGUGUCCUUUACUCCUACAUGGGCAAAGCUUUGGAGGUGACUCGGGAGGUGAACUGUGUGAUCGACUUCAUUCAUGGCUGUGAGGAGCAGCUCCAGAAACUGAAGAAGCAGAAGGAGAAGGGGCUGCUCUAUGGCAUUCCCAUCAGCAUCAAGGACCACAUUAACUGCAAGGACCACGUCUCCUCUGGAGGGAUGGUGAAGUUUCUGGGCCAAGUGAAGGAAGAAGACAGUGUCAUCAUCCAAGUUCUAAAGAGCCAGGGGGCAAUCCCCUUUGUGAAAACCAACAUCCCGCAGACAAUGAUAAACUAUGACUGCAGUAACCUCAUCUUUGGCCAGACCCUGAACCCCCUCAACCACCAGAAGAGCCCCGGGGGCUCCUCAGGAGGGGAG